CGCCAUCCCCAGCUGAGCUAAGCGGGGCACAUUUUGCCGCAAAAAGAGGGGUGUGGCUAAUUUAUUGUGUGUAUGUGGUUGAAUUGGCAAAUCUUAUCAACCCAAAGCAAGCAGACCCCAGUCGAUCGCCAAUUGUCGCUCAGUGUGCUUUUCUUUGUUGAUGGGCUGUGACUUCGCUGUCAAAAAGCGAGUGCUGCCUUUUGUUUCCCUCCCGUUCGGCAUAGUUCCAAAUUAAACUUGAAAAUAAAAGAUUUUCGGUCUCUAACACUCAGCCACCAUGUGUCAACCCACGGGCCAGAUGCUGUGCGAGAUCAAGAACAUGGCGCUAUCGGGCGAUCGGGAGCUGGAUGACCAGAUACGCCUGUGGAUCAAGUGGGACAAAUGCCCCAGCACUGCCUGCCAGAUCAUGGACGCCGUGCGGGCGAAGGAUUGGGACACGCUCCGCAAGAGACUGUGCAAACGGAUCGAAUUCGGCACAGCAGGAUUGCGGGCCUGCAUGCGGGCGGGCUUCGACUCCAUGAACGAGCUAGUGGUCAUCCAGGCGGCUCAGGGCUUGUGCGAGUACAUAAAGGAGCAGUACCCAAAUCCGGAGGACUGGUCCGGGCGGGGCAUCGUCUUCGGGUAUGACGGUCGCUACAACAGCCACCGAUUCGCCGAGCUCUCGGCCAUUGUGUUCUUGAACAACGAUUUUAAGGUGUGGCAGUUCAAGCGCUACGUGGUUACGCCCAUGGUGCCUUAUGCAAUCUUGAGGCUGCAAUGCCUGGCCGGCGUUAUGGUCACUGCCUCGCACAAUCCCAAGGAGGAUAAUGGCUACAAGGUGUAUUGGUCCAACGGGGCUCAGAUCAUUCCGCCGCACGACGCGGGCAUUCAGGAGUCGAUCAUGAACAAUUUGGAGCCCAAGAGCUCUUCAUGGGACGACUCGGCGAUGUGUGGGAACAGCAGCUUGGAGGAUCCGUACGACAUCGUCGUGCCGCCGUAUUUCGAUAUCCUGAAGAAGAGCCUGCCCUGCGCCCUGUUGGAAGGCAACGGAAGGUGUCCGAUCUCCUUCACCUACACAGCGAUGCACGGCGUGGGCUAUGAGUUUGCAAAGCAGGCUUUCGCCCGCGUGAAUCUGAAGCCGUUCAUUUCGGUAUGCGAGCAGCAGGAGCCGGACCCCGAGUUCCCUACAACGCCCAUGCCUAAUCCGGAGGAGGGCAAGACGUCCCUGGACUUGUCCAUCAGGACGGCGAAGGCAAACGGCAGCCAAAUCAUUCUAGCCAACGACCCGGACGCCGACCGCCUGGCAGUGGCCGAAGUGCGCGAGGACGGUAGCUACAAGCUGUUCAGCGGCAACGAAGUGGGGGCCCUUCUGGGCUGGUGGUCUCUGGAGCUGCACAAGAUGCGAGAACCCGACUGCGACGUGAGCAAAUGCGUGAUGAUAGCCAGCACGGUCAGCUCGAAGAUUUUGAGGGCCAUGGCCGAGCGGGAAGGAUUCGAGUUCUUUGAGACGCUGACCGGAUUCAAAUGGAUGGGUAACAAGGCCAUUGAACAGCAGGAGGCGGGCAAGACGGUGCUGUUUGCCUUUGAGGAGGCCAUCGGCUUCAUGGUCGGCACCUCCGUUCUGGACAAGGAUGGAAUCAGUGCCGCUGCUCAUGUGGCAACCAUGGCCUGUUAUCUGCGCUGCAAGCGGUGCAUGACGCUGCAGGAGAAGCUUCGUGACAUCUACGAGACAUAUGGGUUCCAUACGACCAUCUGCUCGUAUGUCAUCUGCCGCUGUCCGCCUGUGAUUGAGCAGAUCUUUGAGCGCCUGCGCACCUGGGACGAGGGCAAGGCGGACACCUAUCCGCCCAGCAUUCUAAACGGCGAGUACGAGAUCGAACACGUUCGCGAUCUGACCACUGGCUAUGACAGUAGCACCGGCGACAAGAAGGCCACCCUGCCGACCAGUUCCAGCUCCCAGAUGAUCACUUUUACCUUCAAGAACGGCCUGGUGGUCACUCUGCGCACCAGCGGCACGGAACCCAAGAUGAAGUACUACGCCGAGAUGUGCGGCAAGCCGGACGAAAAGAACUGGGCCAAACUGACUAACACUUUGAACAUCAUGGUGGAGGCCAUUGUCGAGGAAUUCUACGAGCCAACGAAGAAUGGGCUCCAGCGCAAGAAGGACUAAUCUGGAUACCCCUUUUAGGGGAAACUCUACGCGAAUUUGACGAUACAUCAAACAUGUUGACCUGGCUAAAAUUAUUAGUUCCAUACCAACAGCACCGAUGCACAAGCCAAAAACUAACACCAGCGAAAGCUGUUUACUAUUAGUUUAUAAAGGAUAUUCGAUAUGUUAGUACUUUAUUUACAAUAGGCGAGUAUUUAUGGUUUUAUGUAAAUAAAAGCGAUCGCUACCACGCACCAGGCCAAACCAAAA